CUGCUUCUAAAACACUGGCCCAGUUUGUUGAUGGUGUUGGCAGUGUCGGCUACUGUUGACAGUAAGUUAAACGGAGUCUGGCUGUAGUUCUAGCCUACCAGCUGUUUUCUUGGUCACUGGUGGUCAGCAGAGUUCUAGUAAAGGGCGAGUAGCCAACUGCUCUGCUAAAUUUGGUAUCAGUGCAUGCCUACGAAAUGUCUGUCGUGUCGGUGGGCGACUGAUUGAGUUGACGUAUUUUAUUCUUACUGCUUCUUUGUGAUGUGAAGUCUUGGCUGGACGCGAAAAUGUACAAAAUUCAAGACACAGGACUCCGUUCAAAGAAGGCCUGUCCCAGCUGGUAGCUGGCCAUCACUCCGUCCCCUCUGAGUGUGUUUCAGUGUGUGUGUGAGUGUAACCUUGCUGUGUCCUUUGGAGAUGGCGCGUCACCUCGUGUCACCGCCGCUGCUGCUGCUGCUGCUGCUGUUGGGAGUGAUGGGAGGUUGCCGCGCGCAACAGGCGCCCUUGGAUACGAGCGGCAUGGAGAUAGCGGCUAACCUUGGUAGCGUGCUGCCCACCCUCUCCCGGCCCGCCAACGCCAGCCGCAUCUUCUACGGCGUGAUGUUUGACGCCGGCAGCACCGGAACGCGCAUCCACAUCUACACCUUCAUCACAUCCGACUCAGAUGAGUUGCCGGUGCUGGAUAAUGAGAUGUUCCAUUCUGUGAAGCCCGGCCUGUCUGCCUUUGCCGACGCCCCUGAGAUUGCGGGCGAGACGGUGCGUCAGCUGCUGCGUGUGGCUAAGAAGACGGUUCCUCGUCUGGAGUGGAAGAGAACUCCCGUGGUGCUCCGGGCCACCGCCGGCCUCCGCCUGCUGCCCACCAAGAAGGCCCAGGCCAUCCUGGACGAGGUGCAGGAUGCGUUUGACGAGUCUCCUUUCCUGGUGCCCAAGGACAGUGUCACCAUCAUGAACGGCGCCAACGAAGGGAUCCUGGCAUGGGUAACAAUGAAUUUCCUCACAGGUCACCUGCAUGGGAAGAGCAAGAACACAGUGGGCAUCUUGGACCUGGGCGGAGGCUCAACUCAAAUCACCUUCCUCCCCAAACACAAGAAAACUAUGGAGGAUGUUCCACCAGAUUACCUGGCAAAGUUCGACCUCCUCAACACCACAUAUGAACUCUACACACACAGCUACCUUGGGAACGGGAUCAAAGCGGCUCGUCUGGCUGCACUGGGAGCGCUAGGAGCCGAAGAUCUGGAGUGGAGGGUGUUUGAGAGCUCCUGCCUGCCCAAGAAAUUUCGAGAGGAGUGGAGCUUUGGAGGACUCACCUAUACAGUCUCUGGCAUCCCCAAUGGCUAUGCUGGCUACCGCCUGUGCUACCAGGAGAUGUUGCGUGUGGUGAAGGGGAUCGUGCACCAGCCGUACGAGCUGAAGGAGGCCAGCGUCUUCUACGCAUUCUCAUACUACUUUGACAUCGCUGUGGAGGCAGGGCUUAUUGAUGAAAGCCAGGGUGGGAUAGUGAAGGUGUCUGACUACAAGAAGAAAGCCAAAGACGUAUGUAAUAAGAUGGCCAAGUAUCGUGUUGAGAGCCCCUUCCUCUGUAUGGAUAUCACCUACAUCACCUGUCUGCUGAAGGAAGGGUUCGGAUUCCAGGACGACACACAACUCAAGCUGACUAAGAAGGUGAAGAGAGUGGAGACCAGUUGGGCUCUGGGUGCCAUCUUGAAUCACUUCCACACUGUCAAGAUCCACUGAUGAACUGAAAUACACACACACACACACACACACACA